AUGCAUCAUGUGAAAUUGACCUCCCAUGGCUGGCUCUCCGGUAUCCAGAGGUUAAUGGCCCAGAACAAAAGGCGGAUUUUGCAAUGAACCUCGCCGACGGUGACAACAAUCUAUCUCUUCGAGUUCAACGAAAAUCCUCAUUAGGUUUUUGAUCUGAUUAUUGAUGAAACAAUCAAUCCAUUAAUGUAUAGAACAACGUACGGCUGGAUUUCCACCAUUUCCCGGUCAUGGCUGCUCAAGAGCCGAAAAACGAUCAUCAUCACCUAUCUCGUGUCAUAAGAAAAAUCUUGGAUAGUAAAUCUUCUGAGGUACAAGAUAGGACAGUCAGCCGUUCACUGUGGGCUUCUUCUUCUGCACAAGACAGAUUUGAGACUAUUCGAGAUGGAAAAAGAGAGAGAGGAUGCAGCUUCGCCUAGAGGAGUUUUAGAAGCAUGCGUACGCAACAUCGAGGAUUCAAAUUCAAAUUCAAAUUCAAGUUCACCUAAUGCACAUGACCAAAAACAUGAAAACGUUUCACAACCAAGAUCGCGUUGGUUAAAAUUCUUUAAAAUGUGGAAAAAAAGCUUUACGAAGAGGGUACCUUCACUGCCACCCCUUACACCAAAAUCAGCUAGAAAAAAAGAAACGAGUGCCAAACAUCACCCAGAUGUAGAUCUAUCCCAUUUCAAUUCUUCAUGGGAAAUUUUCACCCUUGCAGAGCUUAAUGAUGCAACUGACAAUUUUAGUGAGGAUAAUGUGAUUGGAAGAGGUGGUUAUGCUGAUGUUUACAAAGGCUGCUUGCAUGAUGGGAGGUUGGUGGCGGUGAAACGACUUAACAAAGGGACAACAGAGGAGCAGAUAGUUGGAUUUUUGUCGGAGAUAGGAACAAUAGCACAUGUUGACCAUCCUAAUACUGCUACAUUGAUUGGAUAUGGAGUUGAAGGUGGAACACAUCUGGUUAUGGAGUUAUCUCCACAUGGAAACUUAGGAUCCUUGUUGCGUGGUGCAAAGGAGAAACUAAAUUGGGGUGCGAGAUAUAAGAUUAUACAUGGCACUGCCAAUGGCUUGUUGUAUCUUCAUGAGAAUUGUCGAAGGCGAAUCAUUCACAGGGAUAUCAAGGCUGAUAACAUUCUUCUUAUGGAGGAUUUUGAGCCACAGAUUUGUGACUUUGGCCUUGCAACAUGGCUACCAAAAGAGUGGACUCACCAUAACGUAUCAAAAUUUGAAGGCACAUUUGGCUAUUUUGCUCCAGAGUACUUCAUGCACGGCAUUGUGGAUGAGAAGAUCGAUGUAUUUUCUUAUGGGGUGUUACUUUUGGAGCUCAUAACCGGACGACAAGCUUUAGACGAUUCACAGAAAAGUCUUGUACUUUGGGCAAAACCGUUGAUGGAAGGAAAUCAAAUAAAAGAACUAGUUGAUCCUUCUCUUGGUGAUGAUUACGACCAGCAAGAAAUGGAACGUGCCAUUUUGGCAGCUUCGUUGUGCAUUGAACUCACCCCAGUUCUCCGUCCUCGAAUGAGCCAGGUUGUGAUGCUAUUAAGAAACGAUUAUGAUCCCAAGGGCUCAACGCCACAACAGAAAAAACGAGCAUUCCAAAGGACAUAUUCAGAAGAGCUCAUGGAUGCUCAAGAAUACAAUUCAACAAAGCAUCUCAACAAUGCACCUUGAAUCUGAAGAUGACUUUGUUGUACAUAUGGAUUCUUGUUAAUAUUUUUGAGCUCAAGUCUGGCAAUCUCGGUUGGGCCGGGUCUGGAUCAUCCAUGAGAAUAAACUUUGCAGUAACAUAAACUUUCAUUACAUGUGUACAUAUCAUUAUAUUAUAGCCCAGGAAAUUGCUUCUAUCUUGUAUAUUUA